AUGGUGCACUGUGCAGGUUGUGAGAGGCCUAUUUUAGACAGGUUCCUCCUAAACGUGCUGGACAGAGCGUGGCACAUCAAGUGCGUCCAAUGUUGUGAAUGCAAGUGCAACUUGACUGAAAAAUGCUUUUCAAGAGAAGGGAAGCUUUACUGUAAAAAUGAUUUCUUCAGGCGGUUCGGUACGAAAUGUGCGGGAUGUUGUCAAGGCAUCUCACCCAGUGACCUCGUAAGAAAAGCAAGGAAUAAAGUGUUUCACUUAAACUGCUUCACUUGUAUGGUUUGUAAUAAACAACUGUCAACUGGAGAGGAACUGUAUAUAAUCGAUGAAAACAAAUUCGUGUGCAAAGAAGACUAUUUGAACACCUGCAGUUUAAAAGAUACCAAUUUAAAUUCAGUCUCUUCGUGCACCGAUCGGAGUUUAUCGCCUGAUAUCCAAGAUCAGAAUUUAGACGAUACAAAGGAAACGGACAACUCGACCUCAUCAGACAAAGAGACCCAGAACAACGAGAACGAAGAGCAGAGUAUGGGCACCAAGCGGAGAGGACCCCGGACCACGAUUAAAGCCAAGCAGUUAGAAACGUUAAAGGCCGCUUUCGCCGCUACCCCGAAGCCCACCCGACAUAUACGGGAGCAGCUGGCUCAAGAAACAGGCCUCAACAUGCGGGUUAUUCAGGUCUGGUUUCAGAACAGGAGGUCCAAGGAGAGAAGGAUGAAGCAGUUGAGUGCUCUGGGAGCACGGCGGCACGCUUUCUUCCGAAGUCCCAGGCGCAUGCGUCCUCUGGGAGGGCGCCUGGACGAAUCGGAAAUGAUGGGCUCUGCUCCCUACAAUUAUUAUGGAGAUUAUCAAGGAGACUACUACGGCCCAACUGCAAAUUAUGACUUUUUCCCGCAUGGCCCACCGUCCUCUCAAGCACACUCGCCGGCAGAUUCAGGCUAUAUGCAGUCCUCAGGGCCUGGGGCGACUUCACUCGGAGUUCUGGAACCUCCGCUAUCCGCCCACCACCCUCCUGCUCUCGGUGGCAGCGAAAACCAAAGGUACACGGACAUGAUUUCCCACCCUGACACCCCAAGCCCUGAGCCCGGGAUGACCGGGCCGUUGCACCCGAUCCCGGGCGAAGUGUUCAGCGGAGGACCCAGCCCGCCCUUCUCCAUGUCAAGCAACAGCGGCUACAGCGGGCCGCUCUCACAUCCGAGUCAGGAGCUGAAUGAGACUGCGGUCUGGUGA